AUGAGCCGAGCGCUUCUGAUGACCGAGGUCAAGGACCUCGAGAGUAUGGUCACGGGCCUCGCCGAUGACCUAGUCCUUGCACAAGCUUUACAAUCACUGUCGCGAAGCCAGCUUCUGGGUCUGGCAGAUAGCCGGAGAGUGCCUGGCGCCUCUCAACCCAGCCAAUAUCGACUGCCGAAGGUGCGGGCCACGCCGACUUCAAGCUCACGAACCGACAAACUCGCAUACAAGAACCUUGAGCCAGUCAAUCCAGUGAUCCGACCACGAGAUCAGACACACCAAGGCCCGCUACAUGCAUCCAGCUACGAAGGCCCCCCAGAUUCGAAGCCUGGCGAUCAUGCUCGGGUCAAGUGGCACCAGCGCGACGAGAUGGGACACACCAAGGUUCCUUACAAGCAGCACAUUGAAUCUAGCAUGCGCGACCUUGUAUCCCUGCCUGAAAUUGCCAACAACAUAGAGGACCCUCCCCGCUUGCUGGGCUCGGAAUACGGCUGUCCACUCUCGAGUCAGGUGGUCCAGACACGAGAAGGGACACACAAGGCUCAUUGCAAGCAGGAAGUUCCGAACCCCGGCGCUGACGAGGCUGAUACUGAUAUUGGAACCACAUUUGACGCUGCUGAGACUGUGCUGGGUAAAGACAAUUUGGACGAUGACUUCGGCGGUGGAGAUACUGGAGGCGACUUCAACGGCAGCGCCACUGGUGAUGGAGACUGGUGGUCUCCAAUUUCUCGAAGUACCUGA